AUGAGCCAAGUGGAGCUGUUCUGGGCUGCGGCCUCACUGAUGCUGCUGGGGGCUCUUGUGAGCAUGUGCAUGAAGUGUCAGCGUUCUGCUACUAAACGGGAAAAGAGGCUGUGCAAGCAGAGGAAACUGCAUGAAAACCAGUCGGGGUUUGAGGUGAUACGAUCCUAUUCAAUUGCAGUGACAAGGCAAGAUCAAAUUAAAUUGCCAGACAACAUCCCAGUAACAAGGAAAACCAAUAAGCAACUGCAGGCCACAGGUAUUGAUGGUGACGGUGCUGAGCCCAGAUAUCAAAAUUUCAUUAGAGAAGACAACCAGGAAUUGGAUGCUGCCUAUGUCAACCCUAUAGCUACAGAUUACUUGAACUGUGGGACGUUCUUGAGACCAGCAAAUGAAAAGGACGAGGAUUCCUGUUCCUAUCAAAAUGUUGUGAUUGGGGCAUCCAAUAGUGCGGAGUCUGAUGACGUGGACGACUAUGAGAACAGCGCCUCUAUAAAGAUAUGGAAACAAUCAAAUAUAUCAGAAAGCCCAGAUGAUUAUCCAGAUUACGUUAACUCAGAUGUUGCAGCUGUGCCAAACUAA